AUGGAGUCCGGUAAGGAUCCCACGGGGCCUGCUGGUGCUGGAGCUCCGGCGGCCAAGCCGACUUCAUCUGCCCCUGCAGCAGCAACAGAGGCAGCAGCAACAGCAGCGCAAGCAGGAGGAAGAGGUCCGUCUUCGUCAGGGGCAGUUCCUGGCGGCGCAGCGGGUGGAUCUGGUGCUGCUGCACCUGCUGCUGCUCCGCGUCCCGGUGCAGCAGCACCAUCAGGAGCAGGAGGCGGUGCUGCUACAUCUUCAGCUGCUCCUGCAGCAGCUGCUGCAGAGCAGCAGUCCCCUCGUGUUGCUGCAUCAGCACCAGGGACGGGGGGCCGCCGGCGGCUGCUCGAUAGUGACGAUGAGUCUCCCCUUCGGCCUCGCGGAAAGAAGAGCAAAUUAAUGUCUGACAGUUCAGAUGAAGAUGUCGUCUUAGGCAAAAUGCAUAUCGCCCCUCCACGCACGCAGUCUGAGGCAGCUGCACCCAAGGCAGCAACAGCAACAGGAGGAGCAGCAGCACCAGCACCGCAGCAAAAGCAGCAGCAGAACGGCACCAACAGGGCACCCGCGCCAGCCAAACCAAAACCAGCAGCGAAAGCCCGACGGCCGAGCGGUAGCGACAGCAGCAGCGACAGUGGCAGCAGCAGUGGUAGCAGCAGCGGGAGCGGGAGCAGUGGGAGUGACAGCAGCAGCAGCGGGAGCAGCAGCAGCAGCAGCAGCAGCGAGAGCAGCAGUAGCGAGAGCAGCAGCGACGAGGAGUCGGAUGCUCGUUCAAGAAGCCGCGCCAAGCAGGGGAGGUCACCAAACAAGAAAAAACAAAUGGCAAAAACAAAGGGAACGAGGCAGCGACAGGCAAAGGCAGAAGGGAGCAAGCCUCGGGGUGUACGUCCACCUCCUGCCAGGAGAAAAACAGAUGCAGCAGACAGCGAUGAAGAGGGAGACGAACAAGAAAUCAACAUGGGCACAUUCGACCCGAAAAAGAGAAGCCUUAAGGACAGACUCGUCGCACAGUUCCUCAGACGGUGGUGGUACGCGUGGCCGCAGUGGCCACCCGCGGACUUUGACUACUCUAAGGAGCUGGAGAAGAGAAAGCUGAAAUGGGUUUCGCUAGAAGAAUACGAAGACCUCGACGACGUCGACAAAAAUGGAUACACCAAAGUGUAUCAAAUUUCGGCCUUCCCAGGGGUGUUUCGGGAUCCCCACGGCAACGCAAUAGACCUGCGCCCUGAGGAAGGUCGGCCCAGCUACAAGAACGCUCGUCAGCUGUCUGAGUUGCAGCUGCUCGAGUUGAUAGCCAAGGCAAUAAGGGGUCAAAUGACUGCAUUGCAGAAAUCCCCCUUCGAUGAAACAGCCCUUCAACGUUCUCUUCAGCAGGAGCUGGAGGAGGUAGAGUCGGAAUACAAACAAAUGCAGAGGCGGGCAGAUGCUGCCAAGGGUCGACCCUGA